CCAUACAUCAUCCCACCUUCUCCCACCUCCAAACCACACCUUUCGUCCUCGGGACACACCACCAUAUUCCCUUCUAUCACCAUCGCACCAAUCGUCCUGUUCUUCUUACUUGACAGGUCGUCGUUAAUUCCCGCCAAGAGGCCAUAAGUAAUCACUUCCCCCCUUUUCACAACGCUCCAGUUCUUGCACCGGUUGUAGCAAGCCGCCUUUCCAGCUUCUUCCUUCCUUCUUACACUCGUUGAACAACCCUUUCUGCGAUACGCUCGUUGUCUAUCACGACCGUUACGACCGACACUUCCACCAACACAACCACCACCAAAACCAGCAAUCAUGAAGGCUCUUAUUCUCGUCGGCGGCUUUGGCACUCGCCUUCGCCCUCUCACCUUGACCAUGCCCAAGCCCCUGGUCGAGUUCGGCAACAAGCGAAUGAUUCUGCACCAGAUCGAGGCCCUUGCGGCAGCCGGUGUUACCGACAUCGUUCUCGCCGUCAACUAUCGCCCUGAAAUUAUGGAGAAGUACUUGGCUGAGUACGAGAAGCAGUUCGGUAUCAACAUUACCAUCUCUAUCGAAAGCGAGCCCCUGGGCACUGCUGGUCCCCUGAAGUUGGCCGAGGACGUCCUCAGGAAAGACGACACUCCCUUCUUUGUCCUCAACUCCGACGUUACCUGCGAAUAUCCCUUCAAGGAGCUCGCCGCCUUCCACAAGGCCCACGGUGACGAGGGUACCAUCGUGGUGACCAAGGUGGAGGAGCCUUCCAAGUAUGGUGUCGUCGUCCACAAGCCCAACCACCCAUCUCGCAUCGACCGCUUCGUUGAGAAACCCGUGCAGUUCGUCGGCAACCGCAUCAACGCCGGCCUCUACAUCUUCAACCCCUCAGUUAUUGACCGCGUUGAGCUGCGGCCCACUUCCAUCGAACAGGAGACCUUCCCUGCCAUGGUCAGGGACGGUCAAUUACACUCUUUCGACCUUGAGGGCUUCUGGAUGGACAUCGGUCAGCCCAAGGAUUUCCUGACGGGUACCUGCCUCUAUCUUUCCUCCCUUACCAAGAAGGGCUCCAAGGAGCUCGCCCCCACCACUCUGCCCUACAUCCACGGCGGCAACGUUCUUAUCGACCCCUCAGCGAAGAUCGGCAAGAACUGCAGAAUUGGACCUAAUGUUACUAUUGGCCCCAACGUUGUCGUUGGCGACGGUGUCCGUCUGCAGCGCUGUGUGUUGCUCGAGGGAUCCAAGGUCAAGGACCACGCUUGGGUCAAGAGCACCAUUGUUGGCUGGAACAGCACGGUUGGCAAGUGGGCCCGUCUCGAGAACGUAACAGUUCUCGGCGACGAUGUCACCAUUGGCGACGAGAUUUACGUUAACGGCGGCAGCAUUCUGCCACACAAGACCAUCAAGGCCAACGUCGACGUACCGGCCAUUAUCAUGUAAACGAAGCCAUCUAGUCCUGACUUUCCGCGACCGUAACGAUGACGAGACGAGCUACCAUAAUCAUUCAUCUUAAUUUCUUCGAAAAAUAUACCACCUUUUUAAAUCUUUUCUCGACACCGCCAUACCUUUUUCACCUCUUCGACUUUUUACCUGCCUUACUUCUCUCUCGUGACUCGGCUCCUACCAUCUGUGCCGUUGCUGAAUGACGCAAAAAAGAAAUACAACCCUCCGGUCUCCUCCGCUUUCUCCCCUCUUCGAUCUUGAUAUUCUUCUCGGUUUAACGCAUUUUGUUUCAUCGUCCGCAACAAACGGAACCUGGCGCGGAAUGAUUUUACGGCGGAUGACUUCUCAAGAUGGUUCUCGAUACGCGGACCUGAAUCAUGCUAUACUGUAACGACAUUUUCUGAGCAUGUGGUAAUAUGGUAUGCGAGGCCGGAUUUGUUGCAUGCGAAUUUGUCCUUGGGGAGAGAAAGGACGACGCAUUUCCGGGAGGACUUGAAAAAAGGGCAUGGGAGAGCAAAAAGGAGUCUGGACUAUGGCAACGCUUGCUGAAAAGGUUCUGUUAUGCCAUAGCAUGAAAUAUGGGUCAUUGGGGUGGUCAGACAUGACCAUGCAAUUGACUCGCAAUUGAACAAUUCCACUCUCUCUCUCGAC